GUUAUACCCAACCCCAAAAACGAGAGACCCAGCCGUGGAAAAGCGAGUGUGUGUUUUUGCAGAGUUGUGUGCAUUGGAAGCUUCUUCUCCCGACCCCCCUGGAGCGCCUUACGAAAGGGAAGAAGUUGUUUGUCAGCUCUUUCGAUGGAGAUCACUGCAAUCCCUCCUGGCUACUGAAGAAGAACAGAAGAAGAACUAGGCUGUGUAGACUCCACCUCUGAUUGGUUACCUCACUUUAGGUUCCUCCUACUGACUCCUCUCUCUUGCUCCCCUUUGCAACUAAACCCCUCCAUAUAGUGUAUACCUGAACGACAGCUGCAGGAGCACUGGACCCCUCCUCCACACACACACAUACACACACACACACGUGCUCCUUCCCUCUCAUUUUCUCAUACACACACACACACACAUGCACACACACACCUAGCUUUUCACCUGGAGAGUGCAGGCAUGUGCAACAGCAGUUGUCUCUCCCCACAUCAUCUGAGUUGACUCCUUCGGGAUUGUUGAGGACAACUCUGAGGAGGGACGUUGGAGUUAUUUGUGGAGGGCACCACUUCCAACACACAGCAUGAUUUUGGGGGGUAUAAAUCGUGCCGGGCCAGCGGUGCCGACAUUCUUGCGCAACCCAACGAUGAUCCAGCCUCACUUGGACAUGAAGCCCUUCUUGCCGUUUCCCAUGGAGACUCCUCCUCCGCACAGCUUCAACCUCUUCCACAACUUCAACACAAUGGACCCAGUCCAGAAGGCUGUGAUCAACCACACCUUCGGAGUUCCACUGGUCAAGACCAAGCGUCCGGUCAUUUCCUGUAACGUCUGUUCAAUCCGUUUCAACUCAGAGAGCCAAGCAGAAUCCCACUACAAAGGAAACCGCCAUGCCAGGAGAGUCAAAGGCAUUGAGACCUCUAAGAGUCGUCAAGAUGGGGACAAGCCCUCACAGACUGUGACCCCCACCACCUCACCAUCCCCUCCAGGAGCCCAGGACGCUGCCAUUGAUGGUGAGCCCAGCAACCAAGAUGAAACACAGGAUCUUUCGCUGGUAAACGGGCCCCUGCUGGCCCCGGGACCUUUGCCCCCUCUGACCACACCACCUACCCCACCAAUGGACUCCCCAUCCUUGUGCCCCCUCCUGGCCACGUCCAGCCCUUCCUCCUCGCCAGACUGCAGCCUCCCCAACUCAGAGCAGCCCCCGGUGUCAGGGGCCACGGGCAGCCCACCCGGCCCAGAGACGGAGGAAGACAAAGCAAAGAAGCUGCUUUACUGCUCCUUGUGCAAGGUGGCUGUCAAUUCCUUGUCACAACUGGAAGCUCACAACAAAGGUACCAAACACAAAACCAUCUUGGAGGCGCGGAGUGGGCUGGGCCCCAUCAAAUCAUAUCCACGCCUGGGCCCCAAGCCCAGUGGAGAGCAGGGAAGUGGUCCGGUGGACCCAAACACUCAGGAAAGAACCUUCCACUGUGAGAUCUGCAAUGUGCGGGUCAAUUCUGAACAGCAGCUCAAACAGCACAUAUCAAGUCGAAGGCACCGGGAUGGCAUGGCAGGCAAGCCAAACCCUCUCCUCAGCCGGCACAAGAAGCACAGGGGAGCUGAUCUAACGCCCUCUCUGACCUUCUCCAAGGAUCUCACCAAAGCUUUGGGGGCAGGCCUGCUGCCCAGUCCCUUGGCUCUUGCUGCGGCAAUGGCUGCGGCCGCUUCCAGGAACCCACUGGCUCUCCGUGCGGCACAUCCCACACCACACCCGCACCACCCGCACCACCCGCACCACCACCUGCUGCAAGGACCGCCUCUAAGCCACGCCAUCCUGAGACCCGCCCCUGGGCCCAUACGCACCGCCCACGGGCCCAUCCUCUUCUCCCCUUACUGACAUAUCACACCAUCUGACUUGGGACUGGUUGGGAUCAGCCUCUCCAAAAGCACACUGUGAAGAUACAAACAUGAUCCACAGACCGCAACUGAUCCAAGCUUAUUUAAACAUGUCCUGGGGGAGGAAAGAAGGAGAACUUCAAGUCUCUCGUAUUUCCCUUUACCUGAAACCCUUUCUCCAUUUCAAAGACUUGCGAGUGACCUGCAGAAGGAACGGGCAGAGAGGAGAUAUUCAUUAUUAUCCAUUGAACUUGUACAUCCUGUCGCUGUAGCCAGACAUGGUUGCUUGAAGAGCUACAGAAGACGCACCAUCCAAACCACAUGGACCAUAUCAUCAUCAUUCUUCUGCCACCAUAAAUCAUCAAUGUGCUCUUCUCAUCCUAUGCACUUAAAAAAAAAACAGAGACGGUGAUGUUUUUUCAGUGGUGUAGUUUUGUGUGCACCACAUGUACUAAUGGUGGUAGGAAGUACUGCAUAUGACCCACAACAAUGUAAGUAAUAUUUGCAGACAGGCAGGUGGAGAACUCUCUUGUGAGAAGGUGAGGUGAGAAGAGUGUUAGCAUGGGUCAUUGGAUGGUUGCAUGCAGAAACACACACAAAUCUAUGUUUUAAAAUAGAUUGCAGUGAAAAAAAAAGCAUUUCCACCAGGCAGAUCUGCAAACCUCAGUAUCAGUCAAAGAAAGGAAGCCUCAGCAAGGCCCGAAACGAGAGCAGUUUGGGACAUAUAGGAGAACUAUCGGUGUUUAUAUGACGCUGGUUGACUUCUAUAAAAACAUACAUGUUGAGCUUGUACACUGUAUUAAUAUGAUUGCUUCAGAAGUAGAAAACAACCUGUUUUUUUAAGUGCAGUAAAAAUAUCCCUUAUUUUCACACUAAUGCCCAAAUGGUUUUUGGCUGUAUGCUUUUUAGGUUAUCAAAUGCAUUUGGUAGCGCAUAGUGUACUAAGCAUUUAAGAUACCUAAGAAUAGGGGUGUCCCGAUACAACCUUUAGACUUCCGAUACAAACACAGAUGUGGGAGCUUUGAGUACUGGCCGAUGAUCAGAUACGAUUUUAGCACAAAUCAUUCAUACAUGUGUUGUUUUGUUGUGUGGAAUGUUAGAACAUGUUUGAUCACGUUGAAUUACUCAGUUUAAUCGCGUUGAAUUACUCAAAUAGAGAGCAAUGGUAGGUAUGAAACACACUAACCAUAUGAUAGACUUACAGUAGGAAAGGGAUUCAUAUGGCCAUAUUCCUGGGUGGAUCUCGCGUGAGAGGAAGGUGGGGGGGUUAAUCAUUUUGCCAUACAGUCUUCUGAAAAUGAUGGAAAGUGCCGCUCUCCAUAGCAACUGACACUGCGGUCAAAGUUGGUAAUUGCCACAAAACAAAUUUUAAGAUAUUCAACACUCCCCUGCCGUCUGGGGGCUUAAGUGGAUAGUGCACCUUCCAAUUUGUCACGUUUCAUGUGUCAGGUAAACCAUGAAGAAUCCCCUUCCUAUUGUAUGCUCUCUUUAAGUUGAAGUGGAGGGGUAAUUUGUUUUUUAGUAACACCUAAUGGCAACAAUAAUCAAUUUCAGGUUUUGAUGCAGUCAAUUGAAUGAUGUGGACACGUUUGUUACUGGAUACCUUUUAAUACACUUCUACCAUGGAGAAUUUGUAUCUAAGUAAAACAAUACGUAUUUGAUAAUUGUUUAUAUUGACAAAUGUGUUGUUUUAGACUGCUAUAUUGUUCAUUAAGUCUUCGAAGGACACUAAUUACGUAUGUCUAGCUUUUACGCUUACGUGUGCUAAGGUGUUGUGUAGAUGCUUGCCCUUAGUAGCCUAACAUAUAGCCUACCAUGUUUACCUUUUCAAGAUUCAAGAGUCUUUUUAGUCAUUUUGCAAACACAAUGACAGUAAAAAUAUUUAAGUGACUUUACUGAAAUACUAGAAAAGACCAACAUUGUGUGCUUAUUGGAAGACAUUUAGCUGUUAACUAGGCUUUCUUUGCACAAGUAAACGAGCUACAGGACUGCUAAUAUCAGACCAAUAUCUGACCCCAAUAUCGGAUCGGGACACCCCUACCUAAAACACUUUCCUUUGUGUUUACGUUCUAUUUGUGGUUCUAUGGUUAUUAUUAUAAUUUCCCUAUUUACAAUAACUGGUGUCCUUUUGUGGUGGUCUCACACAAAGUUUACACUUUCGAGGCAUAUUUUUCCAGAAUUAUUUGUUUAUAACUACUCCCUGUCAUAAGACUUCAAAUGUUCCACUGUCCUGUGAGUGCUGUAAUAGAGCCAUGAUGAUCACUGCAAAUACUACACAUUAGGGAGAGUUCACAUCGGGCUUUCACACAGCAAAAACCUGUCACUAACCUCUCAUGAACCCAGGUGUUCAAUCAUUGAUUCACACUGUGGGUGGUGCGGCUCAACCGUGUGUGCGCUAACGUAACCAAGCUGUUUCUGUGUGCAACAUCACAUCUGGGUCCUGCAGGGUCAAACUUUUGUAUGACGCCGUUAUCUGUUCCAGCACUUUCACAUUCUCUCGCUACUCACCUUCCUGUCAAAAUUGCACAAAGGCUGCAUUCACACUGCAGGGUAUGACGAUAGCCCAGAAUGAUUUUUUUUAUUGAAUCAUUACCCCAAAAACUUCAAUGUAUGGCUAAAGUGAACGGAAAGUGUCACAGCGAUGGGACCUUAAGUUCUACUAUAAUUUAAUAACGUCUAAAACUGGUUCUCAAAUUUUUUCCCCAAGUACCACCUCAAAAACACUUGGCUCUCCAAGUGCAACCAUGAUGACCAACAUACAAAUGCGGUGGUGUAGUAGGCCUAACUAUUCAUUAAAAACAAGGCAGAGGUUUUAUUUAGCAAGUAUAUUUAAUAUGUUUGGCCACUGUAACAUUACACAGUUUGAACAGUAACACCGUGUUUGAAUAUUUAAUUAAGUGAUUAUUUGGCAUAUCACUAGAUGGAGCCAAAGUUUGAGAAUCCCUGUUCUAAAAUAUCAUAUUAUUGCCACUGACGGUUUUCUGCGACUUUGUCCACAAUUUACUUUUGCACCCUGAUCGUUCAGACUGCUAUCACAUCAGAUCCAUUUCUGAUAGCCACAUACAAAAAGGCCUUAGUCGGAUUAAAACAUCGGAAUUACACUGUUAAGUUAAAGUACCCAUGAUUGUCAUACACACACUAGGUGUGGCGGAAUUAUUCUCUGCAUUUGACCCAUCACCCUUGAUCACCCCCUGGGAGGUGAGGGGAGCAGUGAGCAGCAGCGGUGGCCGCGCCCGGGAAUAAUUUUUGGUGAUUUAACCCCCAAUUCUAACCCUUGAUGCUGAGUGUCAAGCAGGGAGGUAAUGGGUCCCAUUUCACAUUGAUGUGAAAAAAGCAGAUACUAAGAAAAUCUGAAUUGACCUGCAGUGCGAACAUAGCUAUAGAGCAGUGGACACAUUACUUUUGGCAAUCUAAUGCUAGGAAAAAAGCAUUGGGGGGGAGGGGGGGUGAAAGCCAAAAACAUCCAUCCAUCCAUCCAUUUUCUACCGCUUGUCCCGUUCGGGGCCCAUCAAUGGAGUAAUGAUUGAGUUGAAGCCAGCUCAAAAUAUUCCCUUACAAAAUUGAGAGCCAUGACUUUUGUUUUCUUUCACAAAGACUGCUGAGCACUUUGUUUGAUUUUAGACUGGUUUGAAUUAUUUCAUGCAUUAAGACAAGCAAAAAAAAAAGUCAGCACGAUUUAAUAGUGUAGGUCGUAAACACAAGGAUGAGAGUGUUGAUAACCCACAGACUUGUAAAGGAGUCACAACUGAUGACGCAACUGAGCUAUGGAGAUGUACACUGUGCCCUUUUAUUUAGAAACUGAGCUCUAAUGUCUUACCUUUUGUCUGAAUAUUGCAAUGCAAUGAGCAUUUUUGUAUCGUUAUCAUUGUGACAUGUCUGGAAGUCAAACAUGUAAACUGGCAGCCGGCAGACAGACUUUUCGGUUCUUCCAUAAGUCCUCCUGAGGGCGGACUGAGAGAGAGAAAUGUGUUUUUUAGGGGUCGACCCUUCAUAUUAAAGGGCCUUUGUUUUGCUUGGGGGUAUCUCUGCUUUUGGGAACAGGGUACAAAAUGGAGAGACGAAAGCUAUAGACUCGUGUCGUUUGUUCUGUGAGGAACAUUUGCCAUGCCAUUACUCCAAGAAGAGGCUGGCCUUGUGGUGUCCACCAUUGUGCUCUUUUGUUUUUUGUUGCAGAGCAGAAAUCUUCUUCAUGAGUCCGUUUCGCAAGUGAGGAACUAUUCCAGGGUCUGUGCUCUUCUUCCUGUUGGUGUGUGUAACAUAUGUGUUCUAGUGUGUGUUGGGACUUGCUCGCUACCCAUGUCGUCGCCACCUGGAGUUAUAGAGUGGCCUAACGCAGUAUGGUACAUGGGACCUUGAUCCCGUGUACUGCAAUCUGGCCUGUCCGAAAGGUUUGAAGCAUUCAUCAUCAUUAUUCACACGUGGGAGAAAAUAUAUUAGAUUCCUAUUUUCAGAGCAGGUGUUCCAUGUUAGCUGUGUUUCGGCGACUAGCCUUAGCCUUAUUGUGCCCUCCGCCUCUCCUGCAGCAGAGAGCGAGAGAGAAGAGAGGCUAUGAUGUACGUUUGUCUUGCCAACAAAGUUAUUUUUUUGAAUUUCAUCGUCAGAUGGACAAAGAGUUUGUAUAGUGAACUGUAGCAAUACCUGACUCAUUCUGGCUACUCUUGUUUAUUGCAAUAAGAAAAUGAACAAUACAUGUGUACGUGAGUAAAUCAUUAUUAUAAAUGUAAUUUAAAAAUGACAAACUUUAUGGUAAACAAAGUAGGUAUCAAGAGAAACCAUGGUGGAGAAAAGUAAAUGUCAAUAAAUCAUUAAUCAAAUAAAAAGUGGGUAAUUGUCAUUGAAUAUGU